AUGCUGACGUCAGCGACGAAGGUGGGGCCGGAAGGUUCCCUGGAAGCUCACUACAAGCUGCUGGGCAACACUCUGGGGUGCGGCCGCGUGGCCUCCGUCAGGUGCGCUCUGCGGCCCCGCUUGCUCCGCUGCACGCCCCCCUCUUUUCCCCACCACCACAUGCACGACAACUCACCCCCGCCUGCUCUCCCUUUUCCCCUCGCUUCCCACGCUGCUGCAACUCCCCACCGGCCCUGUGCCCUUCGCCACUUCCUAUGCCUUCAUAAAACACAUCUUUUCCCUCUUCCCUCUCCUCCCCCUCCCUUCCCUCCCUCCCCCCCUCCUUUCGCCCCUCACCCCUCGCUCGCCACCACCACCACCGCUCGCCCGUCGCCCGUGUGUGUGUGCAUGCGGGGGAGCAGGGAGGCGGUGGAGAGGGCAACGGGGGCGGUGGUGGCAGUGAAGGCAUGCUCCAAGAAGGUGCUGGCGGCUCGCCCUGCCUACAUCAGCCGCGUCAGUGCUGCUCCCUCCUGCCCACCGCACCACCGCACCCAUCACCAUCGAGAUCGAAGCCCUGCAGCGGGUAGGCCUCCGCCCCCCCCCUCCUUCAUCCCUCUUUCCACCUGCUCUCCGCCCAUCCACGCUCCCUGCACUCAUUCCUUUCACACCGUCUUUUCGCUUUCGACCCACCUGCUGCUGGUUCCAUCAUUCAUGCCACGUCUUCCACCUCCUUCCUUUGCUGCCCUGCUGCCUCGCUCACUGCCCUCUCCCAAAGUGCCCCCUCUCCAAGUGCGCCUUCUCCAAGGCGAGCCUCUAAUCUACAACCUCCUUUCCCCCACUGCACUUUCACGCCCGCUCACCUGCCUCUCAUCUCCUCCCUCACACGUCCCUAUCGCACCUCAUCCCUCCCCAACGAUUCUUCCCCACCGACAGCUGUGGGCACCGCCAGCACCGCCCAUCAUCCGCCUGCUGGCCACGCACGAGGACAGCCGCCACCUGCACUUCCUGUGGGCAGCACCAGCACCAGUCUCACCGCCCAUCAUCCGCCUGCUAGCCACGCACGAGGACAGCCGGCACCUGCACAUCGUGACGGACAAGGCUAAGGGCGGCGACCUCUUCAUGGCGCUCGCUGCUCGCUCCUCCUUCACCGAGGCUGAUGCCGCUCACAUCGCGCGGCAGCUGCUGCAGGCGGUGGCGCUGUGCCAUGCGAGGGGCGUCACCCACCGCGACCUGGUGAGCAUCUGCCUUGCCGGGAGGCGGGCUGGGCAGGCAGGGAGGCGGGGUGGGGUGGCAGGGGGCCGUGCUGGGGCGGCAGGGGCGGCGAUGCCAUGCAUGAUGGGAUGGGGCGAGUGGGCGCUGACACAUAGCGGCACAUCUGACAGGUCGCUUCGUUGCUGGGCUGGGAUGGGGCGGUGUCGAGAUGAGAACAUACUGCUGUCGGACGCGCACUCGCUCGCCAUCAAGCUCGUUGACUUCGGCAGUGCUGCUCUCUUCCACCCCGCGCCCACCACCACCACCACCAGCACCGCCACCACCAACAGCACCAACAACAGCAGCACCACCAUCAGCAGCAGCAGCAGCAUCACAGGGGAGACAGUGCUGGGUGCUGCGGAGAGAGAGGCAGAGCAGCGUGCGGGGAGCCCAGAGAGCUUGGUGCAGCAUGGCGAGGGCGUGUUGCCGGGAGGAGAGGGCGGGGUGGUGCUUCGGGACUUCAUGGGCACGGCGUUCUAUGUGGCGCCUGAGGUGUGGCGGCACGCGUACGGCCCGCAGGCGGACGUGUGGAGUGCGGGGGCUGUGGUGGCCGUGCUGCUCACAGGGCCGCCCCCCAGUGGACUCACUCGCGCCACCGUGGCCUCAAAUGCCACGUGGCAGGCUAUGCAGAAAGGGAUAGUUCCAACAUUACCCCCGGAAACCUCGCCAGCAGCGCGGUCAUUCCUGCAGGCCCUGUUGGAGCCCGACCCCUGCCUGCGCCCCUCGGCCGCACAGGCUCUGCUCCUCCCGUGGCUGGCCGGCCACGCUGCACAUGGCACGACAGAGGUCGCUGCAGGGGCCGUUGCACGCCAUGCUGCAGGGGCCGUGGCCGUGACAGGGGCUGCUGCAGGGAAGUGGGCCCCGCCUGCUGUGGUGGCGCCUGGGGCGAGCGCAGGGGAGGAGCACACAGAUGCGAGGGCGAGGGGGGCUGUGGCAGAGAUGCAGGAGAAGUGGAUGGGCAAGGGGGAAGAGGAGGACGGGGCGAGGAACGCAAGGGACGAGGAGAGAGGGGAGAGGGAAGGGGAGGUGGCAGCAAGGCGGGUGGGGCAAGAGGACGAAGGGUUGUUAUGGAAGGGGCCAACACAGGGAGGGGCGGCGGCAGAGGGGCGUGUGAGGGGAGGCGUGCAGCUGGAGGGGUCGCUGCGAGGCUUCCGCAUGUACGCAGCUACCAGGAAGCUGCAGCGCGCGUGCGUUGCCUUGCUGUCGCUGGAGCUCAGCGAGUCAGAGUUCCGCCAGCUCGUGCGCCAGCUGGCGAGUGCCACGUCAGCACCGGGCACUUCUUUAGAGGUUGUGAGUGAAGCAGGUGUGACUGUGGAGGGGCAAAGCGAGCACCAAGUAAAAAACCAGCAGCAACAGCAGCACCCCCCUUCAGCCAUGCUGUCUCUACCAGCACUGCUGGCGAGUCUAGACGCCCUGGGCCACCAGCGGCUGUCACAGCAGCUCACGGGCGUGCACAGCAGCGUCAUGCCGCACAGCAUGCUGGCUCACGUGCCUCCCACUGUGACUCUGCAGGCAGGAGCGAUGCAGAGCGGUUUUGGCGCUGCUGGUAGCAGCGCAGCCGGCAGGGAAAGGGAGAGGGAGGAGCGCGUGCGAGGUGGCUCAGGGAUCGCUGCUGCACUGGAGAAGCAGCACCAGGAGCAGCAGCAGCAGCAGGGAGCAACGAACACCUCUCUCACUCACCCACCCACGGUCCUGCCUCCCUCGUCGUCCUCCCAUGCCAUCCCCCCCGUGCCUCUGUUUGACCUGCUUGACUUCUCUGCUCUCGUCACACGCCACCACGACAUGCACCGCCUCCACCACCACCCUGACGACCACCACCCCCACCACCCCCACCACCCCCACCACGCCACUGCCCAUGCUGCUGCUGCUGCUGCCACACGGGGUGGUGCAGGUAGAGGAGGGAGGAGGGAGGGGAAGGGGAAGGCGAAGAUGGUUAGUCCAGAGAGCGGGGGUAAGAGCGUGGAGGCAGGGGGCAGCCAUCGUGGAUCGCGGCGGUUCUUAGGGCUCAUGAGGGGAGGCGAGGGGGAGAAGGAAGGAGAGAGCGGCGGCAGUGUGCACGGCGGCAGUCUUCAUGGGUCGCGGCGCUUCUUCAGUGCGAUGAGAGCGAGGGAGGGCGAGCAGCAGGAGGGCAGCAGCAGCCAGCACGGCUCACGGCGAUUCUUUGGCCUCUUGGGGGGCGGGGAAGAGGACGAGGCGGGCAGCGGGGCGCGGAAGGAGGGCGGGGGGGGGGGCAGCGAGCACGGGUCGCGGCGCUUCUUCAGCAUGAUGCAUGGCAGCGGGGCACCCAGCCCGGCAGUUGCAGGCGCGCGCAGCCCCGGGGGCAGCCUGCGAGGAAGCUUCCGCAUGGCGAGGCGCCUGGGGCUGCUGAGGACGGGUGGGGAGGAGGGUGAGGGCGAGGAGGAGGACAUAUCAAGUCCCGGUGCAGAUGGCGAUGUGGUGGGUGCCAUGGGUGCCAUGGGCGCCCGCAGUGCAGCCCCGCUGGCCAUGAGAGGGCCGCUGUCUCCGCGCUCACCAUCCGCCAGCACGCACAGCGACAAUGCUGGUGGCUGGGCACGACGACUCAACGCCCGUGCCAGUGUGGGUGGUGCUGGGAUGACGUGGCAGUCACCCGUUGGCCAAAGGAAGAGCUCCCUGGCCCUGGGUAUCUCGCCCCAGUCAGGUGCACGGCAGCAGGGGCGAGGGGCGGUGGGGGGCGGUGCAAGCAAUGGUGCCGCCACACUGCCUGCUGCUAGUAGUGCUGGGUCGGGUCAUGCGGAUCGCGGUGGGUUACCGGGUGGAGUGGGCAUGUUGAGCUGCCAGCGCGUGCAGUCGUGUGUGGAUCUGGCCGCCAUGGGUGGCGCUGCUGGGGAUGAGUCCAGCCCCGCUGCACGCAAUGGCGGUUCCAGGGGGUGGGGGAGGGGGAAGGGGAAGGGGGGGUUCUGGGGCCCGACGAAAGGGGGAGUGCAGGGAGGUGGUGGGGUGGGUGGAAUGAAUGGGAAGGGCACAUCGGUGCACGGAGAGUGUCUGUACAGGGAGUUUCUGCUCAGCGAGUGCACGCCUUGA